UUUUAUUGAAGUUAUAUGAAAGUAAACAAAAUAAGCUGUGAAGUACGGUUUUAACAAGUUUUUUUAAAUCGCUGUCACCUGUUGUCAAUUUAGUAACAUGUGAACUCAAAAAGUUAAUUAUAAAGUUAAUUUCACGUUAAAUUCAGGAAAGCAUGCGGCACAUCAAAGAAAUAAUGUUCUUCCUAAUUGUGCACGGCAAGGAAAUCAAAGCGAGAAAUUAGUUGCAGUUUUCAAACAAUUAAUGUCGCAUUUUACUUCCAUAUUAUGCGCAUGAUUCAGAAAAUUAUUUUAAUGUAGCGAUAUAGAUGGUAAUAUUCCAAUCAGACCUCUUAUGCGUUAUUUUCAGAUGACAUUAAAUACAGGAAGUUCCAAAUUAUGUCCUAAAAUACUAAGUAUUUAAAAAUUAGUGUUAAAGUAAUUCCGCUACAGAGUCAUUGAUACACCCGUAUGGAAGAUGCCUACUCAUGAAUAUGAUCAACUUCUUUAACUUUGAAUUAAUCCUAAUUAGAAAUAUUAAUUACCUCCUGAGUGCUUGUAAUUAGUUCUUACAUAACAAUUUGUUCAAUGAAACAGUAAUUUAUAUAUGAAUCUGUCAUUUUUAACUUCUUGAAAAACAAUACCAGGUUUGUGACUAAGCAGAUCAAAUUAUGUAAUCUCAAACUGUAUAUAAACCCCUUGGUAAGAAAAAAAGUCAACUCAAAUUUCAUUCACUACAAACACAAAAUAAUAAAAACGAAAACAAAGUUAAUUUUUUGGGCACCAACAUGAUUGCUGCUUUUACUUUAUUUGCAAUGCUUGCUGGUUCUCAAGCACUCCAAAUUAAUCCCGCAACUGGCCCUACACCCCCUGCACUUGACUGUCCUAAUAGCAGAUGUGCUGGUAAGUCUGAUGGAAGCUACAGAAUUCCAGAAUUUCCAAAUUAUUUUGUCCAGUGUGUUAGUGGAAAGGCUCAUUGUCAGGCAUGUUGGCCGUUGUCUUUAUAUUACAAAGAGGAAUGCAACCAAUGUUUAUAUACGCCAUCAGAUCCCUGCCACACAACAAAAUCAUGGGUGCCCGAAGUGCAAUACACAUGUCCUGAUAUUUGUGCUGCACGUGGACCCAAUUUCAAAGGAAAUAUUCGCGAUAAUAAUGAGCCUCGUCAUUAUGUUGCUUGCUGGAACGGAGUUACUGUUGGAUGCGUCAACUGUCCAAAACCAUUACUUUUCAAUGAACAAGAAGGUGCUUGCUUAUGGGAAGGAAAAUACUUGACCAAACCAUUGUAAACAUAUUCAAGAUUCAUCAAUUGUCAAACCUGAAUUUAUCACUUCCUAAUAAUUAGCAUUUUUACAACUACAAUGUACACAAUUGUUAAAUUAUAUAUUUAUGCAUAAAUGCGAACAUACUUUUAGAUUUUGUUUUCUUUCAUCCCUCGCGUUCGCAUAAUGCUGCAGUUGCUUAUAUGCUCACUUGAUAA